ACUCAUCAACAAACUACAAGAUCCAGAAAAUGUGGACUUUAUUAUACUCAGCCCUUUUCUUCCAAGUGGCCCGAUGUACAGACAGUAAUUUAUUUGUGACAAGAUCUCAUGACCCUGGAGAAACAGUGACUCUCAGAUGUCCACGUUCUGUCAAAUUUACAGAGUCACCAACGUUUCACUGGAUCAGAGUUCUUUCUGGAAAUGUGCCAGAAUUUUUAGGAGGAACUUUUUCAUAUAAAUAUACAAAUGUUAGCAAGACUCCUCGCACCACGACAAAACAAGGAGAUGGAACAUUUGAUCUGAUCAUACAUCAGUCUAUUCUCAACGACACUGGAUUUUACUACUGUGUGAAAGUAAACCUCCUUAAAAUGGAAUUAGUAUUUGGAAUAUUUCUAAUAAUUAAGGAGACAGACUCAGAUGUGAGAGUGGAGAGUCCAGAUCUGUCUGGUCCAGUGGACUCAGGAGACUCUGUGGAUCUUCAGUGUUGGGUCCAGAUGGAGAAUGCUCAGUGUUUUGAGGAGCACAUGGUUUGGUGGUUCAGGUCUGGACUGGACCAGUCUGGUCCUGGUUUAGUCUACACUCAGAGGAACAGCUCUGCUCAGUGUAAGAGGAGCACAGAAGAUCCUGGUCCUCACAAAUGUCUCUACACUUUGUCCAAAACCAAGAGCCCCUCUGACACAGGGACGUACCGCUGUGCUGUGGCAGCCUGUGGACUCAUUCUGUUUGGGGAUGGGACUAAAAUCACUGUCAAAGCAGAGGAAACAUCGCCUUUAUGGAAAAUCAUUCUCAUCUUGCUGAGUGUUGCUCUAACCAUCAGUAUCAUAGUUAUACUGGUGCUCAUUUAUUUCAUCAAGAAGAGGACUGGACUCUGUUUCCAUGUUGGACAAACUUGCACUGAUGAAAGAGUCAGUGAUGAACAUUCAAGGCAGUUGGGAGAUGCUCAGGUGAUGUACUCUGCCCUCAAGUACAAGAGCAAAGCCGACAGGUCCCAGCGCCGAGCCGUGAAAACAGAGGAACAAGUGCUCUACUCUGAUGUGAGAGUUAAACUGUAAAGUCAAGUCAUUAAGAGUUCACCCAUGUCCUAAGGCCACUAAACCAUUCUGUAUUAGUCAGUCUAUUUCUUAUUAACCAAACUGAUUAAAUCCCAUCUUGUCUAUCAUUGUUAUUAUAAACAAGCUUAAUUAAAAUUCCAGCUUUUUUUUUGUCAUACAUA